AUGGAUUCCCCUUCAGCGCCAUUGAUAGUGUCGCAUAAUGGUGCUUUGGAAGCACCAUCAAAGAAAAAGCCCGGUAAGCCCGUGGUGCCUACCAAAAUGGAGAAAGAGGCGGAUUUGGUGAUGGGAACAAAUAACAGUAGUAUCGUUUCAAAACGGAGCGUCGAGCUUCGAUACCUCCCCCAAUACCAAUUCUUUCGUCCGUUCGUGAAGAAACCGCAGAGAAGGGCCCCAUUAAUCAAUAGAGGGUACUGGCUUAGAAUGCAUGCCAUUGCUGAAACAGUCCGUCAAUUUCUACAAAGCCCAGAUAUGCGACCCAAGUUUGUCCUGAAUCUUGGUUGUGGAUAUGACCCGUUGGCCUUUCAGCUCCUUGAGACCGAGAAAUCGAUAUGUGAUAAUGCGACGUUUGUGGAUAUUGAUUAUGAGAAGUUGAUGGGCAUCAAGACGUCCGUCAUCCAACAAACAGAAGAACUGAAGAGUACACUGGGAGAUAUAAAAGUCUUUCCGGCUCCAAGCCCUGUACUUCUACGAGCUUCGCAUUACGUCGCCGUGGGCUGUGACUUAAAGAACUUGAAAAAACUCGAAGAGGCUUUGAAGGAAGUUCUAGGCCCUUCUCCGGUCUCAAUUCUCUGUAUAGCCGAAGUCUCGCUCACUUAUAUGGAUGUUCAAUCAGCAGAUGCUCUCAUCUCAUGGUUCCCGACGUUAGGCAAAGAUAUACAAUUCUGUGUUCUGGAGCAGUACUUUCCAGAUGGGCCUAAUCACCCCUUUGCGUCUACUAUGAUGAAACACUUCCACAAACUCCAAGCUCCUCUUCAUUCGAUCCACAAGUAUCCGACCAUGUCUUCGCAGGAACAACGAUUUACUUCACAAGGCUGGCGUUAUGCCUCUGCCAGGAGUUUGUGGGACAUUUGGAAGGAUGAUGCAUUUCUUAGCAGAUCUCGACGAAUAGGACUGGACUCUAUAGAACCAUUUGACGAGUGGGAGGAGUUUGCCUUAUUCGCCUCGCAUUACUCUGUUGUAACAGCAUCCACUGUUGAGCGAGAAUCUUCGCCCACAAGCACUAAGAAUGGAGCUCAAAGCGACUUACCGAUAGCUUCAUUGAAGGUGAUAUCCCAUCGCCCAUCUUCCUUUAGAGGCCAUCGGAGAUUCGCUGCCGUGGUUCCAGAUAGUGAUCGAUCCAUAGGCGUCCACGGAGGGCUAGGAAGCCAAUCUCGUCUUUUGUCUACAGAUAUUUAUUAUAGAGGCGAAGAGGGUAUUCAGCCCAACGGCACUUUGCCGGCUUACCAGAUUUCAGCACGCAUGUGCCAUACCAUCACAGGCCUCCGUGAUGGGGACUGUCUCUUAGUUGGAGGUCGUGCAUCGCCUGACGCGGGGUUGAAUGAUUGCUGGAUUCGAAAAGACAAAGUUUGGAAGCCGACGCACUCUUUGCUGUCUCCUCGCUUCCGCCAUUCUGCAGUACGAGUCCAAUUGGAUGACGUUGAAGGUGUGUUGAUACAUGGCGGAAAGAAUAGCAAGGGUGACAUCUUGGAAGACUGGUUGCUCUGGAAUGAGCAAAAAGGAUGGCAGACCGUCAAAGUAGCAGGACAUCCCGAUAUUGCUAGUCGAUUUGGGGCUCAGAUGGUAGCCGUUGGUACGUCGUCCGGUUAUCUAUUCGGAGGCAUGUCCCGGGAUGGAAUGGUUUUCGACGACUUUUGGAAGUGGAGUCUAGAAAUAGGCGAAGAUGGUAUCGCGAUUAUUCAGCUCGCGGAUUUAUCUGAAAAACUACGAAACGCGACAAAUCUAGCAGACUAUGCUGCCGGGAGAUUCGGCGCAACGACGAAUAUUAUCUCCAACAAGCUUCUAGUCAUAGGUGGAAUUGGCAUUAGAGGUGUUCUUCCAGAGACAAUGGAAAUUCUAUGUCUAGACAUUGCAGAGCUUGGUCAAAACGAGUGGAGUUCCUCGAUCUUACAAACUGUCGCUGCUCACUACGAGUCACCGGUAUUACGGCCCCUUCUCGCCGGCCAUAUCUCAGGAACUGUCGAUGAUUCGGUGAUUGUGGCUUCUGGUGGAGUGGUAUGUUUUUCAUUCGGAACGUUCUGGAACAAUUACAUCUGGCAAAUCUGUGAUACUUCCGUGAACGCUCGGGAAGAUUGGAAGUACCUCCAAGUGGCUGAAAAGAGAUCAACACAACCAGAUGCAUCUAAUCAGAAAAUUCCCAUCAGACCGAGUAAGCCAAACGAUAUUAAAAGCAUCCCGCGCAUGACCGUCCAAACAGCCGCAGAUUUCGAGUCUAUUAUGAAUCAAGCAGAACCAGUUGUGAUCACUGGACUGAAAAUAGGAGCAUGCACCGAGAAGUGGUCAAAAGAGUAUCUGGUUGAUACUCUUGGUUCUGACCGUAAGGUCGUGGUCCAUGAGGCCCAGAGUGAUCAUAUGAAUUUUCAGAGGAAAAACUUCUCAUACAAAACCAAAGAGUUUGGCACAUUCAUGGACGAGAUCCACCAUGGAAGCCGACAAUAUCUGAGAUCGAUUUCGAGCGAUCAACCGGCAAAAAAGGCGGCAAGCUUUGAGCAAGAUUUUCCUGAGAUUAAGAGCGAUUUUCUUCUUCCGGCCCAAUUGAAUUUUGUCAGUAAUAAUACUCACAGUUCUCCUUUACGUAUUUCAGGGCCCGUUACGAUGUGGUUACAUUAUGAUGUCAUGGCCAACGUGUACUGCCAGAUUCGCGGGCAGAAAAAGCUGGUAUUAUAUCCCCCAUCAGACGUAGAGUACCUGCAGCUACCGCCCGGGGCAUCAAGCUCCACACUUGACAUCUUCGCCAACAACGGCAAGAUCAAGACAGGACAAAUAGUGUCCAUACCACGUACAUCCCCUCACAAAGCGACACUGGGCCCGGGGGAGAUCUUGUUCAUUCCGCCGCUAUGGUUGCAUGCUGCCACACCUGUGGACGGAGUUAGCAUCGCAGUUAACGUGUUCUUUCGCAAUUUGGAGAAGGGAUAUGCUAUGGGGCGAGAUGUUUAUGCCAAUAGGGAUCUCGAGGCGUAUGAGAAGGGGAGGAACGAGGUGGAGAAGAUUGUGAGAUCUUUUGAUGGGGUUCCGCCUGGCAUUGCUCGUUUCUAUUUAGUGAGACUGGCGGAUGAGCUGAGAGACAAGGCUCGUGUGUGA